AUGGCUAUAGGAAAGAACAACACAACUGUGACAAAAUUUAUCCUCUUAGGAUUUUCGGAUCAUCCCCAAAUGAAGGUUUUCCUUUUUGUGUUAUUUCUUGGGAUUUACGUCCUGACCCUAGCCUGGAACCUGAGCCUCAUCGCCCUCAUCAGGAUGGAUUCCCACCUCCACACGCCCAUGUACUUCUUCCUCACUCACCUGUCCUUCCUAGACAUCUGCUACGUGUCUUCCACAGUCCCCAGGAUGCUGUCUGACAUCAUCACAGGACAGCAAACCAUUUCCUUUGUUGGCUGUGCCACACAGUACUUUGUCUUCUGCGGAAUGGGGCUGACGGAAUGCUUUCUUCUGGCAGCCAUGGCGUACGACCGGUAUGCUGCCAUCUGCAGCCCCUUGCUCUACACGGCCCUCAUGUCCUAUACACUCUGUUUAAAGAUUGUGGUGGGGGCCUAUGUGGGCGGAUUCCUUAGUUCUUUCAUUGUAACAUACGGUGUCUAUCAUAAUGAUUUCUGUGGACCCAACUUGAUCAACCACUUCUUCUGUGACCUUCCUCCAGUCCUGGUUCUGUCAUGCUCUGGUACCUUCACCAGCCAGGUGGUGAACUUCAGUGUGAGUGUUGUUGUUGGAGUGAUGUCCGUCCUUUUGGUCCUCAUCUCUUACACUAACAUUGUUGCUGCUGUCCUGAAGGUCAGCGAUGUGAAAGGUAGGAGCAAGGCCUUCAGCACCUGUGCCUCUCACCUGACUUCUGUGACCCUCUUCUAUGGCUCUGGUCUCUUCAUGUACAUGCGACCCAGUUCCAGCUACUCCCCAAACCAGGAUAAGUUGGUGUCCAUAAUCUAUACUCUGGUGAUCCCUAUGUUCAAUCCCAUCAUCUACAGUUUUAGGAAUAAGGAGAUUAAAAAUGCCCUGAGGAAAACUGUGGAAAGGGGUCACAUGCUUUUUCACAGGAUUCACCUUUUUGACCCUGAGCUCAUGAUUACAAUAAAGUUAUGA